CUUACAAGACCGAUGGAAGACUUCAGAUGAUGGUGCAGUCAGACUGAGCCGCAGCAAACCAGUUUCCUGUGUGGUUACAUUCAGGACACUCUUCUGCACGGUGCUAGGAGGUUCUCGUACAACAGACCGAAGUGCUGUCAACCUGUGUAGUUUUAUAUUUUCUUGUGGUUCCCAGCCUCUUGCUCUCCUCUAAAAAACAUCAAAAUUCUUAAAUUCAAAAUUUUUCAUAGAUCUAAGAUCUGCUUCUUCUCAAGUUAGAUACCCACACACCUUGUGCAGUUCAAGCAUCUUCUCAAAAUCAGUAAUGAGUGAAGUGGGGGCGAUUUAUUCCAAUGUGCGACCUCAGCAUUUAUCUGGGCAGCGGAGGAGACAGCACCCUGAGACCCGCCCCAGCAAAGAUCUCGCUGCUUCGUCUCCAUGGAAAUGUGUGGUAGUGAUGCUGGGGCUCCUGGGCCUGGUGCUGCUUGCGUCUGUUGCAUUCUUAAUCACAAAGUUGAAUCAGGAGUCAUUUCAAGCAGAAAGAUAUUCAGCAAAUAAUUCUUCCAAUGCAACAGAAACUGAAGCAGUGUGGGAAUGCCCUAUUUGUCGCUCCAAGUCGCAUCAGUAUGGAGAAAACUGCUACUAUUUUCCAAGAACAGAGAGUGUUUGGGAAGACUGUUCUAAACAUUGCAUUGAUUCAGGUUUAAGUUUCCUUAGAUUGGAUACUGAAGAAGAGAUGAACUUUGCAAAAAGUUUGUCAAGGAUGGAGUGUAGCAUGCAAGAAGAAAACUUUUGGAUCAGUUCAUAUUAUAGUAAAAAACAGCUAAAGUGGGUGUGGCUGGACGGCACAGUUAUUACCUUGGGCAAGCUUCAACUUCCGGAAAGUGAAAAAGCUGUUAAUAAAUGCAUGCUUAUAAGAAAUGGGCGGAUACUUACUGAUGAUUGUAAAAGCGCUGGCUUUUGUAUGUGUAAGACUAGGACGAAAGUUGAUUAGAUCUGUAGGAAAAUAAUUGAUCAAAGAGAGAACAUUGGGAAGCCUUGCCAGUAUGGAGCCGUGACUAGCUAUAAUCCUGCUGGGAAGGCUGGAGCACUUGAUGUGGAAAUGCACCGGCCAGAAACUCCAUAAUCCUCAGGUUUAGAUACCAGAUCAGAGAGAUGCUUAAGGAAAGGCACCUGCUAGAGGAACAAACUGUUUACUAGUAAACUCCCUCUUGCUGUUGAUAUUCCUCAAACCCUCCUCCCUUAUCCUUUUGUGACCCUCUGUCUUUAAAAAGUCUGAUGCUGUCAAUAAACUUUGUCUAUUGACCAUCAGUAAGAA